UUACAAGGCGCACUGUCGUUUUUUGAGAAAAUUAAAGGCUUUUAAGUGCGCCUUAUAGUGCGGAAAAUACGGUAGUUGUUGAAACCCUGCCAGAGGUGAAGAAUUCCUCGCUCCUAGGUAUUCACUUAGUCUCCAGUGCCGCCGAGGCCCGAGAGAGUGCCAAUCGUUCUCUGUAGGAUUUGAGGUUUAAUUUCUCUUUUUCCGGAUUCAGGUGGCAGAGAAGCCAAACCAGUCGUCGGACAGCUGUGGAGCAACAGCACAUGGCAGCGAUAGCCAACCAGCAGCUCCAGUCAGCACCUGCGAUCGCCUCGAACCUGUCGGCUUCAACGACGUAGAGGCCUCUGCCGCUUCUCUAGAGACACGGGGAGAUAAAACUGACUCUGAGCCAGAGGAGAAGCCUGUCGAGCAGGAAGCGGAGCAGGAUACUCCGAUCUGCCAGCAGCUUGAAUCAAGAGAGGCAGGUUCGACGCCAGCCGUUGGCGUGGCUGCCAUACAAAGCCAGUCACCCGGUCUUGCCCAGAGGCAGGGCAGCUGUGACGGAGAGGAGAAGCAGGACCAGUCGAAGGCGGAGCCUGCUCUGGAAAUGAAAGAACAGGAAGUCCCAGAGCCGAUGGUUAACUUGCAAGUUGUGAAGAAUGACUCGUACGAGAAGGGCACCGACCUGAUGGUGGUUAAUGUUUACAUGAAGGGGAUCUGCAGGGACACGGCGAGGGUCAUCUUCAGGGAACAGGACUUCACCCUCAUCUUUCAGACGAGUGACACUAACUUUCUGCGGCUUCAUUCAGACUGUGGACCAAACACAGUCUUCAAGUGGCAAGUCAAACUCAGGAACCUGAUCCAGCCUGAGCAGUGCAGCUACUCCUUCACCCCGUCCCGAUUGGACAUCACCCUGAAAAAGAGGCACAGCCAGCGCUGGGGGGGUCUGGAGGCCCCCGCCCCACAAGGUGCAGUGGGUGGCGCCAAGGUUGCUAUUCCCUCCAGCCCUUCCUGCAUGGAGAAGAGCCAGCCAGGCAGUAGCCAGCACAGCUUGCCAGCCAAGGAGGAGCCUCCGAGGGUCGGGGAGGAGAAACCCAAGCCCCCUAAGGCCUCAUCCAGAGUGGAGGAUUGCGGUCUGGAUAAUGUGGCUCCUCGCAAUGUCUCAGAGCAUGUUGCCAUCAGCAAGCCAGAGCCCCCUGUUACCACGCCUAAACCUACCUGCAUGGUGCAGCCCAUGACCCAUGCACUCCCUGCCAGCAACGAGCGCCAUGAAGAAGAGGAGGAGAAGAAGGUGUGCCUGCCUGGUUUUACAGGAUUGGUAAACCUCGGCAACACCUGCUUCAUGAACAGUGUCAUCCAAUCCCUGUCCAACACCAGAGAACUCAGGGAUUACUUUCAUGAUCGAGCAUUCGAGGCAGAAAUCAACUGCAAUAAUCCGCUGGGGACGGGAGGCAGGCUAGCCAUUGGCUUUGCUGUGCUGCUCAGGGCCCUUUGGAAAGGAACACAUCAUGCCUUCCAACCCUCAAAACUCAAGGCAAUUGUGGCCAGCAAAGCCAGUCAGUUCACAGGUUACGCCCAGCACGAUGCCCAGGAGUUCAUGGCUUUCUUGUUGGACGGGCUCCACGAGGACUUGAACCGCAUCCAGAAUAAACCUUACACGGAGACGGUGGACUCUGACGGGCGGCUUGACGAGGUGGUGGCUGAGGAGGCGUGGCAGAGGCACAAGAUGAGAAAUGAUUCCUUUAUAGUGGACCUCUUCCAAGGCCAGUUCAAGUCCAAGCUUGUCUGCCCCAUAUGCUCCAAGGUGUCUAUCACCUUUGACCCUUUCCUCUACCUGCCUGUGCCCUUGCCACAGAAACAAAAGGUGCUCUCAGUUUUCUACUUUGCCAAGGAGCCUCAUAAAAAACCCGUCAAGUUUUUAGUGAGUGUGAGCAAGGAGAACUCCAGCACUGCUGAAGUCCUCGAAUCCAUCUCCAGGAAUGUCAGGGUCAAACCAGAGAACCUCAGACUGGCAGAGGUGGGGAAGAACCGCUUCCAGCGCAUGUUCUUGCCGUCCCAUUCCCUGGACAUGGUGUCCUCCUCCGACAUGUUGUUCUGCUUUGAGGUGCUUUCUAAAGACAUGGCCAAAGAGAGGGUGGUAGUGCUCCGAGUGCAGCAGAGACUUCAGGUCCCUAAUAUCCCCAUCUCAAAGUGUGCCGCCUGCCUGAAGCCUCCAGUGUGUGAGGAAGACAAGCUGAAGCGGUGCACUCGCUGCUACCGUGUGGGCUACUGCAAUCAAGUGUGUCAGAAGACCCACUGGCCCAAUCACAAGGGUCUGUGUCGACCCAACACGGAGAACGUGGGCCUGCCCUUCCUGAUCAGCGUGCCGGAGUCCCGGCUCUCCUAUGCCCGUCUCACCCAGCUACUAGAGGGUUACUCCAGGUUUUCCGUCAACGUGUUCCAGCCUCCUUUCCAGUCGGGCAGGACAUCCCCCGAAACAUCCCAGUGCCGCGUUGACCUCCCCCCAAUGCCAGCAGGCACUCCUGAGGGUCUUGGGCCAGGAGAUGAGGCCGUGGGUGGUAGUGGUACUGUUGGAGCCGGUGAACUGGAGGCGGUGAGUCCUUCUCUGCUGCCUGAAGCAGAGUAUGCUCAGGCCUCGGCCCUCCUCUCUGGGGACUCGGACUCCCUCUCCUCCUCCCAGACGUCCCUCUCCACCACGCGAACUGCCGAUUCUGGAUUUUCUGAGACAAUCUCCUCCCCCUCCUGCUGUUCUCUGGACCCUCAUGCUGAAAAAGAGACGUCAUGUGAGAAGGCGGUGCGACCAGAAGCUGCAGUAACGGGGUAUCAGCAUCCAAGUGAAUCAGCAUCAGGUCAUGCCAUUCAGUUCUACAUAGCUGUGCUGGACUCAGACAACAAGGAGCAGAGGCUGGAUGAGAGAGAGGACCUUCUGGGGGACCUCCCCGAGGACACAAAGCUGGAGCUGGUGUGGAAAAACAACGAGCGUCUGAAGGAGUACGUCCUGGUGAGCUCCAAAGAGCUGGAGUACGAGGAGGACCCUGGCUCUCUGAGUGAGACAGCCAGAGCGGGACACUUCACCCUGGAGCAGUGCCUCAACCUCUUCACAAGGCCAGAGGUGCUGGCACCAGAGGAGGCAUGGUACUGUCCAAAGUGCCAGCAGCACCGAGAGGCCUCCAAGCAGCUGCUGCUGUGGCGUCUGCCCAACGUUUUGAUCAUCCAGCUCAAACGCUUCUCCUUCAGGAGCUUCAUCUGGAGAGACAAGAUCAACGACAUGGUUGACUUUCCUGUCAGGAAUCUGGAUCUCAGUAAAUUCUGUAUUGGCCAGAAGGAUGAGAUGCAACAGCCCCCUGUCUACGACUUGUAUGCUGUCAUCAACCACUAUGGAGGAAUGAUAGGAGGCCACUACACGGCCUACGCUCGGCUGCCAAGUGACAAGAACAGCCAGCGCAGUGAUGUUGGCUGGCGUCUGUUCGAUGACAGUACGGUGACCAUGGUGGAGGAGAGUCAGGUGGUGACGCGCUACGCCUACGUCCUGUUCUACCGACGACGAAACUCACCCGUGGAGAGGCCGCCGCGCUUCCUCAGGCCCGAGUCACCCACUUCUGCAGGAGCUACUGCCAGCCAGGCCUCUCUAAUUUGGCGGGAACUGGAGGAAGAAGAGGAGGGUCUUGACGAAGGCCCCCGCGGACUGUCCCGCUCGGCGCCGCGGAGGCGUCAGACGCCGAGGGACCGAGCCGAGGGAGACGAAGGGUCGGUGCGACGGCACCGCAAGCAGAAGACGUCGGACUAUCCCGACGACGACUGUGUGCGCUAUUUUGUUCUGGGCACCUUGGCAGCCGCGUUUGCCCUGUUCAUCAACUUGGUCUACCCUCUGCUUAGCAAAUCCAACUGGACCUGAGCGGGGGCUCGUGUGUGACUUUCAUUCAGAAGUAUGAAUGUGAGGUUUGAUAGGAACAUUUGGAAGAGGCACUUUAAAGUUUAACACGUAACCGCUCCUCUUAUGGAACAAACGAGUGAGUCAUCCGUCGGUCUUCAGCGAGGAGAAUGAUUCUACACAACACUACAUCACUUUAAGCGUUUGUAUAACUUUAGAUGGCUUAACCCUUUAAAAUACUUUGGGCACUACUAGGGAUGCACCAAUCAGACCGUUUCAGUCCUGAUACCGAGUACCGAUCCCUCACCAGAGUUUAAUAUAUGAGCUGUAUGCCUCACUGUGUGGAACAGACUGGCAUCGUUCUUUAUAUGCGUCAGGCUUAAAUUAAGCAUUGAUAUCCUAAGUUUGUAAAACAAAAUGUAACGAAUACAUACAUAGAUGUAUAUGUACUGAAUUUUUAUUAAUACCAUAAAUUGUACACAAGCUAUUUUGUAAAAAAUGAAAUAAAAUCGUCAAAUGUAAAAGGAGUUAAAAUUCAAGUUUAACCCUUUUUAAUGAAGCAACACAUUGGUGAAGUGUCGGUAUCGGUGCGUCCCUACGCAAUACAUUCCACUGAGAAAAUGUUUCAGUUAAAGCUGCAGUACAAUUAUACCAUCAGCACAGGGUACAGUGUAAACUAUUCACAUCACUGCGUCUAUGCAUUGAAUUGAAUUGUUUCCGGUUUAUGUGUGCUUUUCAACAAGUUUGCAGGUUUUUUUUGUGUCGCGUUUUUGGAAAUAGUUCUCAGAUGAUGAGCUCUGACAUCCUUACAGUUAGAUUAUUCCACGUGGGGUGGUAAGAGGUUCUUAUCCAUAGUCGGUGUAUUACCACACACGGAAGCAAAGCAAUGUACUGCUGUGGACGUGGGCAGCAGCAAAACAUAUGUUAGCUACCAGUUAAGAUGUACAACAGCCCUUUUACAAAGGGAACUGAAGCCAUUAUAUCCAUCUAUGCUCUCCUCAAAGACACCGGAGUCCUUUGGCAUACAGUACACAGUCACUUUACCAGGUAGAACACAGGAGGUGUUGGUCUACAUCCGCCUCAACCUGUUUGUGUGACUUUGUUGAAUAAGAACAUAAGAAACAUCAAAGUCACACAGCAACACAAACUAGCUACUAACCUGCUAGCAACUCCAGAGUUCUUUGAGGUAAAUACUGUUGUUGUCAAAGGAGUCCAGUAGAUAACAUCUUCAGUUACGUUUAGCUGCUGCCUCUGUCCUCAGCACUUGAUUGCUUCUGUGCUGUGCUGGUGUUUCUGUCUGCUUCUUCAAGCUGGGGACAUGCUGACAGUCACCUACUGUUGAUAAUACACUUCCUGUAGAUGAGUACCCCAUACAACCCAUAAUGCAAACUAUCCCUUUAAUCCCCUACACUAAUAUGUAACCACCGAGCUGUAUUUUUAUUCACUUUAGAAACCUUAGUUUGACAAAAAACAAAUCUUAACUCCAUUUCCCAGAAGGCAGUGAGUUGAGGUUGAAAAGCUGGUUGAAAGCUCCGGAAGAGGCUAACAAAUGGACCUUUUUAGUUGAGACUAUUUUCCUGAAACAAACCGUAUAGUUGUACAGUAAUGUAUCUGACAAAUGACAACAUUUGAGUCCAAAGGGGAACUGAUGAAGCCAGUGUCAAAGGCCUCCUUUUGUUUUAUUUGCACUACACUUUAAAGAGAAUGAAAUAAAGACGACACGUUGAGUGGAGUAUGUGAGAAGAGGCACUUCAGCUGUGACUCCUUUCAAACGUUCUUUCAUGAAGCGAAGAGAACUCUUGUCAUUUUUGUGUGACCAAUGGCUGUUGCCUUUUUUAUGUCUUUAAAUUAUACAGAAAGCGGUUUAUGGGCCUUAGAGUUGCUGUUUGCCUGCAGCCACCGUCAUGUUUUUAAAAGGUCUAAUAUGUACUGCAGUUCACUGUAUUCUGUUUGUUCUUUUGUCUUUAUUUUCCAUGAUGUCGUUAUAGAAAUGCCUGUCAAAGUCAGUGCUUUUAGUUGCUUUUCAUGUUGCAUCUCGAAGCCAUAGCCAUAGGUGAGGAUUUAUUAUUAUCAGGAUGAAAUGUCGUAAACAACUUAUGUUUUUUUUAAGUCCUACAUAAGAUGAGAAAUGUACCGACAAUGCAGUCUUAAACUAGGAGCGUGCAAAUAUUAAGGAAUUACCGUCCACCUCUGAAUGUAAUGGUUUUCAAUGUUUCUCUGUUCAGACAUUCUUUAUUAGUGAUGUAAUGUUGUGGAUGAUUUUAUUGAUCGGCAGUUUGAAACAAGUUAAAACACCAUCAGACUUUAAGUCUUAAAGGCUUCCUGAGACUCCAAACUGUCUGUAGAUCCUGUUUUCCUGAGUGUGUGUGUGUGUCUCAGGGAAAUCCUCCUGGCAUCGAGGCGGCGUAGAGCGACCUGCGUUUGCCUUAAAUGCUCUGCAAAGCUCAGAGCACCGUCUGACUGUGUAUACUUGACUCAGAUAUAUGCAAGGUUCUUUAUGAGAUAUGGCUUUGUACUCGACAUACGCUGCUUAGUAAACUAUGAAAUGUCACUGUCCCCAACACAAACAGCAGUAGUGGAAUCAACCGAUGUUAGACUCUGUCCAGACGGGUGUAGUUCAACUAACUCAAAGGGGUUUCUGUUUUUCAACCUGUAAAUGCUGUGGGGGUUUUGUUGAGCUGACUGGAUUUAAAUGGAACGGACUGAAGAAUGAAACUGUGUGUGUAGUCUGCUAUGAACUGUUAAUGGUUAAGAGUGACUUGUUUUUAAUCAGGAACUUAUUUACUGAGUUGUUAAUUGCAAGUACACUAUUUGAAGGAAACAUUUUAAUUUCCCUGCAAUAAUGUAUCUAGAUUCCUCCAUCUAAAUGCUGCUUUCUGAGAUAUAUAUCUAUAUCUAUAUCUAUAGAUAGAUAGCAUUGUACUCCUUUUAGAAAUAAAAUCUCCAUCUGUUUAUAGUCUGUAUGCAUGUUAUUUAUCAUUUUCUCCAAACAGAAACUCUCCCAGAAGACUAACCCAGCGACAUCUAUCAUUAACCAUGGUUUAUUU